UUGAGUUGCAGCAUAGUAUAAUCAAAUUCAAAAAAAAAAAACAGAAGAAAGAGAGAAACCAUGAGUAUUAGCUUAAGGUUUAUAGUUGCUGGUCUUAUUCUUUUCUUUGUCUCGCGAUACGCUACAUGUCAAGCCAUGAUGAGAAUCCCACUCAAAACGAAAACCUUGUGGAACAAGGACGAUGUGGCUUUAACAAAUGAUCAUGACAAUACUUACUUCGGGCAAAUUAUGGUAGGAACUCCGGGUCAGCCUUUCAACGUGUUGUUUGACACCGGGAGUUUCGACCUGUGGGUUCCUUCUUUAGAAUGGCCUAAACCGGGAAGCAAAAGGUAUAGAUCAAGCGCAUCAAAGACUUUCAAACGCGAUGGGAAGAAAGCAGAAAUCAGAUACGGAGCAGGUUCUCUGAAGGGGUUCAUGAGCAACGAUGCGGUCGAGAUAGGCGGGUUACGCAUCAAGCAGCAAGCGUUCAUUGAGGCAACUGAAGCUCCGGGUAAACGGAUUUACCAAAGGCCGUGGGAUGGCAUAUUUGGACUUUCAGGCUUAUCGAAAUCGACCAUCACAGGAGCUCGUCCCAUCUGGAGAACGAUGAUGGAUGAAGGGGUGGUUACAAAGAAAGUGUUCUCGAUAUGGCUUCGACGAUAUAGUGAUUCUGGUGAAAACGGUGGAGAAAUAGUCUUUGGAGGUAUAGACCAAGAGCACUUCACGGGAGCUCAUACCUAUGUUGAUGCGGAAGGGCCGCAUAACACCUUCAAGAUUAACUCCUUUUUUGUGGGCAAAAUUGACACGAAAGUUUGCUCCAAAGGAUGCAAAGUUCUUGUGGACUCGGGGAGUACAUACAUUCGUGGUCCACCGAAUUUGAUCGUCAAGAUUAAUAAGCAAAUCGGAGUAGCAGCAGACUGCUCUAAUUAUGACAAGCUGUCUGAAGUUAUAAGCUUCACAAUAGCCGCAAAGAUUUUUACCCUGACACCACGUGAUUACAUUGAGAGAAAGAAUGGAAAAUGCAAGAGUGUAUUCGCCGAUGGUACGACUGAUUUAUGGCAACUUGGCACGCCAUUCAUUCGAUCAUUUCAUACUGUUUGGGACUACCAGACUCCAGGAACUGUUAAAGUCGGAUUCGCCAAGUCCAAAUAAUUUAUCUUAUUAUCUCCUAUCUUCUGGCGGUAUCAUGAUACAUACUCUAUAAGUUAUUAAUUAAAAUAAAAAGAAAAAUUCGCAAUAUUUCUCUUGUAGUUUCUUUUCGGUUCAUUAAAUCAAGAGAUGUAUGAACUUAUUAUCAAGAGAUGUAUAACUAUUACUAUUUCUUUUAUAUUUUAAAUU